GGUACGGGAACAUACAGAUUGUGGCGAGGCUUUUCGUAGGGAGGCAGGUGCUCGUGCUGUACCGACACGCAUGAACGGUGUCGCCCUCAGCCUCUCGCCCUAUCCAGCACGACAUGCAAAAGUGUCGUCUUGUGCACGUUCGGAUAUGUUGUCUCGUGAAAGUCCGUUUCUCUCCGUCUCGCUCGUCUGCAGUUCGUCGUCUUGCACCGUUGACUCAGUGAACGCGGAAGACGACGAACAGCCCUCCAUGGACCACUACUCACACCCUGCAGGCCUGUCUUCUAUCGAUGACUGGGGUUACUCGGAGACCCAAAAUGAGGCCCCACCUGCUGCACGUUUUUCUUCGUCAUCACAAGUGGCGGGACAGGAACAACAGUCUCUCUCUCUCUCUGGCUCCCAGUCCCAAUGUCCCAUUGGAGACACCGUCGGAGGAGCGGAGGGAGAUGUGCAGCGGCCCCACACGAGCUCUGCCUUCCUGUUCGAGGGUCCAGCAUGGAGUGGGGGGCCCGUCCGUGGCCCAGACAAUGCACAUGGUUGUGCCGUUGUGACGGACGUUCCAGUGCAGUCUGUUGUCACAAGUCACARACACUUUUCAUCUCCCGUAUCGCCCGUGGGGGGGUUCCGAAUCGGGUUAAGYGGAGAGGAUGAGGUUGCUCUUCGGCAGCAACUGCGAAUGCGUGCGAUGGCCAUGUCAGACGGGCUUUGUAUGUYACYGRACGAACGUGGCAUGAGUGGUGUCAUGACAUCUCCUGCUCGUCAYGACGGACGCGGCCAUGGCAGUCCAGGUCCCUCGACUGUCAGUUCUGUGGACAAUGAGACGGUGGGGUGCCGUUCGUCAACGCCCCCUGCAGCAAUGUCGGCGACUCGYSACGCGAGUUUCCCACUGUCACCUGAGYCGAUCCCUCGAGAUGUUUCACCGCAACCGSUUAGAGCACGAAGCRGGUYAGCGGAGUACGUCAUCAACCGCAUCAUUCGGGACAACGAAACCGUUGUCCCACCGGUGGAGUGGCCUACGAGGACGGCGGUCGAAGGCGAUGCAGUUGCGGAUCCGACGGCCGCAGGGCGCAGCCCUCCCCCACGUGUGYCGUUUGAAGGUCUGAACACCCCGUCUCCGGUCGCUGCGCCGUCCACCUCGCAGCACACUCCAUGCAGUGUGGAGAACUCGGCGGGCACGUCGACGRCACGGCCAUGCGAAGGSCCCCCAACACGACCACCGUCACGGGAGAAGAAYACRGAUCGGUGGGGAGAGACCRAGACAGAGUGGYUGUGCCGGUUUAGGAAUGAAGUGAAGAGUCUUCUGGGGGAAGASACAGAGCCGUUGGGUCGYGCGCGGCUGAAACUAGGUUUMUGGAAGGAUGUGGAGCAGCGCAUGAAGGGGAAGGGCUUCAACCGUAACGCUGAUCAGUGCAAGAACAAGUUCAACACACUCCUCGACUACUACCGAAGAUUGAAGGCGCACGAAGGCUGGUCUGGUUUGCCGAGUUACUGGGACAUGAACGCAUCGAGGCGAAAGAAGUACAACGUCGACUUCGUUCUCCGUAGGGCGGUGUAUGACAUCACACACCCAGUGGAGAAAGACAAGGACUCCAUUAAUCUCACGAAUUUGAUGGAUUCAGGGGCGGACGAGGAGCGUCUUGAGGACAGUGAGAGGUGCAACGACGUUGAUGGUGAGACGGAAGGAGGGAGUGAAGACCCGGCGGCCGGGUCGGGCAGUUCACCGGGGCUUAGAACUUCACGACGAGGGCCGCAUUCAACGAGCUUCGAUCCUGUGCUCGGUAAACGGCGGAGAACUGCGACAAAUGCACGCGAGUCGAGUAUGCAGGCUAUAACAGGUGCUAUGCGUGAUCACACCAGCGCUUUGACACGUUCUGACAGGGAGUGCGUGAAGAUGCGUUGCGAAGCGACACGUGACAUCGCAAGGCACCAGGCUGAGCUUCAUCGGGAACUUAUGCAGCAGGACAUUGCGUCGCGUGAGAGGAUAGCCACUAUAACUGGAGACUGGGUGGAGAAGGGUUAUCUCGUUCUUGCAGAUGCCAUCCGAAGUUUGCGUCCUCGUAGGAACAGUCCAUCUUCUGGGCUGGAUAGCAGCGAUUCGCGGUAGUUGUACUUGUAUUUAUGCGUCAAAGUUCGUCUUUUCGCAGAUGGUCUUUUCAAA